AUGGGCAAACUUUUGCUAUGCCUAAGCCUGGCUCUGGUCAUCUUGGCCUCAGCCACGGUCCAGGCUGAGACGAUGAAGACGAAGUCUAGCGAAGCAACAGCCUCAACAUCAUCGACAGUGGCAACUGUGACCGAAGCCCCCGUAGUGGAGCAAUCCACCGAGUCACCCAUUGCGGAUAUGGCGUUGAUUGAAAGCAUCACGCCCACUGAGAAGACGCCCGUGGCGGGCUCCUCAAGCGAGGAGCUAGUGAAGCAGCUAACGACCGAGGAGAAGAGUGACCCUCAACCUCAUACAGUGGCUGAUUUCAUAAUCCAUCCAUUGAUUGCCUUUAAGCCGCGUCAAAAUGGCCCCAUCGAAGAGGGUAAACAGGCAUCGUCGGCCACACCGGCGCCGGCCACCACCUGGUUGUUUGGCAUGAAUCCUGCCCAGGGCUUGGGUUCAUCGUUCUCUACAUUGGCCGGAUCCGUUUCUGGUUGGUUUAACGAUCGUCUGGCGGCAGCUGGACAACAAUUGCCCGGUCUUGUUGAUACACCAGUGCGUGAAUCCAGCACCACCAGCAGCUCAACCACAACCACCACCCAGAGGCCAGAUAUAGUGGUUAGAUUGCAGCAGCGACCACAGAGACGUCAGCCGGUGAAUGCCAAUUUCAAUGGCAAUGGCAAUCGCAAUGGCAAUGGUAAUCGCAAUGGCAAUGUCAAUGUCAAUGGCAAUGGCAAUCGUCGUCGUCAGCAACAGAAACCGAAUCGUUUCAACAAUCGUCCUAAUCGUCUUGACUCUUUGGAGGAUGAUGAUGAGUUUUACUAUGAUGAUGAUGAUGAAUUCUAUCCCAAUCAACAUUUCGAUGACGAUGAGGAAGAUGAUGUCGAUGUAAAUGCCCAAAACGAUGAUGAUAAUGAGGAUGAGGCAGCUGCUGUCGCCAAUAAUGACGACGAAGAUUUGGACGAUCAAGCUUCCGUGGAAGAGAAGCCCGUGAAGAAGCAACGCAAACAGCCAGUGAAUCAACGUCGCAAGUUCUCCGCUCCUCAAACGGUAAGCAACAAGCGUCGCAAUCAACAGAAGCCACAGAACUUCGCCUUGCUCGAGGAAGAUGAUGAGAACGAGGAUUUCGAUGAUGCUGAGGAUGAUGAUGAUGAUGCCGAUGCCGACUCCGCAGAGGAAACUAAUAAUGCUCCAAGUUUCUUUUAUGGCCAGUCCACUAGACGUUCGCAAAAUCAACCGAAUUUCAUUCAACGCGGCCAACAGAGCAUCAUCAGUCAGAUCCGUCAGUUUACACGCGGCCAAACACCCGCUGAACUAGGCACUACAUUGCGUAGGACACAAUCUUCGAACGGAGGAUCAUCAUCUGGUGCUCACACCAAGGCAUCCCGUCGUCCACAGCAGACAACAUUUCUAUUGAAUCGUAAUGGCCAGACUGUUUAUGUGGCACCCGAACUGCUAAACUAUCCCUAUGCCUAUGGUGCUGGUUCCGCUUCACCGGUGAAGAGACAACGACCCAAUGUGCAAUCGUCAUUCCCCCAGCCUCCUCUAACCGUGCCAGUGCGUCGUGGACCAGGUCGCCCCACACAAUACAUUACGAUACCGUGGAGUCAAUUGGGUCUCUCACCACCCGAUCAGCAAUCGAUUGUCUCCUUGGCCGAAGGUCUACAGGCUCAGCCCUUGAUUCUGAAUAUUCCACAAAGCGCCAUCACUAGCUCCACCAGUGGCUCUGCGAGUCAAAAGACCCAAAAGAAGAAGCAACGUCCUCAGUUGACUGCAGCUGCAGUGCCUCUACUUGCCGAUGCCUCGCUCAUGGACAUCUUCCAGCCACCCCAAAUCCCACCAUCGCGGACGGGAACGACCAGCAACAAGCAGCCCAUUCUGAUUGCCGCCAAGCCAGUGAAGGCCAAUGGUGGAGCAACUGCAGCCGCCACUUCCACAGGACUAUUGCCCACACGCAUUCGUCCCGGCACCAUAGUGGAGAAGGCUCCAGCUGUGGCCGAGGCUAUGCCCGAGAAGCAAUCAUCUCCCAGCGAGCAGCCAGCAGCAGCAGCAGCGACAGCAGGAGAGGUGGCUUCUUCUUCCACCACCACAGAAGUAUUGCCAGCGGCUGGGGGCGCAGUGGAGCCACAGGAACAAUAUAUCAUUGUGGGCAAUGACGAUGAGCCCGGCUUAUCGCGCCAGGCCGCCGUUCAACCCGCCUUUGGCGAUGCUCGCUAUGUGUCCUAUGGCGAUUUCCAUCCCUACUUCGAUUAUCGGCCUCAGAAUCGACGAUUUGCCUUGCGCAAAACUGGACGCCAAUUGAACCAGGACGAUGAGCAGGAUGAGGAUCUGGAAUAG